UCUGUGCAUAUUCAGUAUUAAAGUUCAUUUGACUUUGGACAUUUAAUUCACCUGUUGGAUAUCUGUUCACUGUCACAAGUGUCUGUCUGUUUGUUGACAGUUUGCGCUGCGUGAGACUGCGUGAAGUGUGAUAAAUCUAUUGCACAGACACAGUAACGUUAUGCAGAGCAGACCGUGGUCAUGGCGUGGAAGUCGAGGACCCGCAACCUACAGGUGUUUGACACGGAGCUGAGUGCAGACACGGUCGAAUGGUGUCCCGUUCCAUCGAGCCACGACAUCCUGGCCUGCGGGACAUAUCAGCUGCAGAAAGGGACGGGGGAAGACGAUGCCCCCCCGAGCAGGACAGGUCGUUUGUACCUUUUUGAAUUCCGUCGAGAGGGAUCGAUGAGCCCUCCUCUCACUGAGCUACAGCGCAUGGACACGCCAGCCAUUUUGGAUUUAAAAUGGUGCCACGUGCCGGUGUCAGGGGGGGCAGUGCUGGGAAUGGCAGCUGCCACCGGAGAGCUUCAGCUGUACACGCUAUCAGAGAGUCAGGAAGGCGGCCGCAGUCUGCAGGCUCUGAGCAGUUUGGAGGUGGGAGCAGAGCGGCUGGCUCUGUCAUUAGACUGGUCCACUGGAAGAAUGCACAGCAGUGACGUGCGGGUGGUGUGCAGUGACUCUGCAGGCUGCGUCAGUGUGCUCUCCCUGGCUGAAGGCACUCUGACGGCUCUGUCACAGUGGAAGGCCCAUGACUUCGAAGCCUGGAUCUCAGCCUUCUCCUACUGGGACACACAGCUGGUUUACUCUGGUGGUGAUGAUUGCAAACUUAAAGGCUGGGAUCUCAGGCUUGGUCCCUCCUGCCCCAUUUUCACCAGUAAAAGGCACUCAAUGGGCGUAUGCAGUAUUCACAGCAACCCACACCGGGAACACAUCCUGGCUACAGGCAGCUAUGAUGAGCAGGUUUUGUUGUGGGAUGGCAGGAACAUGCGGCAGCCUCUCAGUGAGAGUCCAAUGGGGGGUGGAGUGUGGAGGUUGAAGUGGCAUCCGACCCAUCAGCACCUACUGCUGGCAGCCUGCAUGCACAAUGACUUUCAUAUCCUUCACUGCCAGCAGGCUCUAGAGGGCAGUGGAGGAGCAUGUCCUGUCGUAGCCUCUUAUAUCCUCCACAACUCCCUGGCGUAUGGAGCCGACUGGUCCCAGCUCUCCCUGGAGAAACCUGCUCCCUCCUCCCCUCCUGCUGCAGAACCAAAGGAAAGCCUUACAGAGAGCGGAGGGCACUUGAGGAUUCAGUAUGAAUCUCCCACUGCCAGCUUUGACACUUCCCUGGAGGAUGAUUCUGGACAAUACAUCGCAGAAGGCACUGCAGCGCCAUCUACCACCCCUACUGCAGGUCCUGCCCUCAACUCUGAGGAUUCCCCUUCAAUGUUCUCUCUGCUGUCGAGCUGCUCAUUCUAUGACCAUAUGCUCCAUGUGUGGCGCUGGGACUGGACCCCAGAUGAGGCUCCACACGAAUCGGAGCAAUGUUGACUGGAGCACUGACACUACAGAAAUCUCCUGUCAAAUUAUAACAUGUCCCGAAGUAAAGCAGAAUGUACACCCCAGCAAUAACAUGGGCAUGAUACUGUUUUUUCACUCAGUCUUCCCUGUAAAAGUCCCCACACUUUAGAUUACCACAGAAUAUGCAACCAGAAAACCAUAUAUUUUCACAAUGACUUGAUUUUUAGAAACUUGUAUUCAAAUAUAGUUUAGAAUCUUUAUGCUGUAUGUCCUAAGCAACAAGAUCAAUACAACCAUUCACUCAUAUACCUUUCCUCAUUAAAGCAUUUUGAAAGCA